UCGUUUGCUUCUGUCAAAACCAGACAAAAUAUUUAUUUGGGAACAAAAAUCGCAAAAUCGAUUUCAUUCUCGAAAAAUUGUAGAUUUCUGGUGAAAACUCGUCUUGUGCAUUGUGUAGUAUGUUGUAAAUCGAACAUUGUGUAAUUCCUCUUGUGAUUGUGUUGUAAAAAGCCAGCUAUGUUUUCGAUCAAAACUCCACGCAUCCAACAAAAGGAUCUCCAAUGCCUCAAUGGCUGCGGAUUUUACGGCAAUGCCCAAUGGAACGGACUGUGCUCCAAGUGCUAUCGCGAACGCACGAUGAAGGAACGGCACAUGAAACUUUAUCGCCCGGUUCGAUUCGAAGGUCACUCAAGCGGAAAAAAGCAAGAGUCUCAUCACGGUGUGGGACACAAACAGAACCAACAGCAGCAACAGUUAUCGCAUCAAGCUGAUCAACGUCAUGCUGCUAAAGUCGUUCAUGGCCAAUCGGCCAAAGCUGGAGCUGCCCCCAAAGAGGAGGACAAAAAGAAGAAACGUAAUCUAAUGGAUCUACUGAAAAAGACCACUUCCAUGAAGGAAUCGGACAGGCCUUCGAGGCAUCAUCAUCAUCACUCCCAUCACCACCAUCGACAGCCAAUGGAUAAACUGGAACAGGAAUAUCAGGAUGCGUUGAAAGCUCUGAAAAUUGACGAUGCAGCCAAGAGAGGUCUCAAGUAUUUCAUCGAAAUGUUGGACCAGGAAAUUCGUAAAAAGCAUUCGGACUGUAGCAUAGAAGAAGUAUCUGAUAUUGUCCAGAAUAGCUACACCAAGUUCCAGGAAUAUAUGAACCUGGAAAAUGCCCCAUUCAUAAACGUAUCGCAGGAAACCAAAGAGCAGGCGCUAGACUUUUUCGAAAAGUGCAUCAUGACCAUGAACCAUAGUCGAUUGUUUUCCCCUCCGACGACAAAUGACGAGGAGAAGGAUUCGCUCAUCCAGAAACGCAUCCGGCAACUCAGCUGGAUCAAUGCCAAACAUCUGGUGUGCAGUAUCGAUGAGGUCAAUUCGGAGGUUCGCGAUCUGGUGUACACGGCCAUCACGGAGCUGGUGUCGAUGGAUUCGUUUCAUUCUCCUCAGGAAAAACUUGAAUGCAUCAUUCGUUGUUGCCGGAAUAUUUUCAGUCUGUUGAAGCAAUCCGUGGGUGGUCCCGCAAGUGCAGACGAAUUUCUGCCAGCGCUAAUAUUUGUAGUCCUCAAAGCGAAUCCCGUCCGUCUGCACAGUAACAUCAAUUUCAUAACUCGGUUUAGCAACGCAUCGCGACUGAUGAGCGGCGAAGGCGGUUACUAUUUCACCAACCUGUGUUGUGCAAUAUCGUUCAUAGAAAAUCUAACUUCGGAAUCCCUGUCGAUGUCGGCCGAGGAAUUCAAUGGGCUGAUGACGGGUGAGAAAGCUGGACCAUCGGCUUGGGAGAGCGCGCUGAUGGCUUGCGAAAGCUUACACUUGAUUUCGGAGAAUAUGAAAACGAUGAAAAAAUUAGGUACCCGGAAUGAAGAAAUUUUGAAGGGUAUCGAAACUCUGAACGAAGACAUCGUGACCUUUCGGAAUGAAAUAAGCCAAAAAGUGACAGAGGUCCUAGACCGUACACCGCUUGUAUUGAAACCGAUUCGCACACCACGACGUCUGGAGAAACGUAAUGUACAAAUUUUUAGCUCAGCUAGUGGUCAUCAACCAGUCGAUGGAGGUCACUUUCAGUCAAAUCUAAUGACGGUCAUGAAGGUAGGCGACAUUGACGAAGGAAAAAAGUCAACCAUGGAGCCCGCUUUCGCACCGCCAACCAAUUUCGAUGAUCUAGUUCGAAAUCUUUCCGAUACGCUGGUUACGCCUCUAGUUUCAGUGGAAAGUGAUAAGAACUUAUCACCUUCUCCGUUGCUAGGAGUUAGUGCGAGUAAUUCGUCUGAUUUGUUGUCAGCUUCACCUAUUUUUGAUUACAAGAGAGUUUUUGACACACCUUUGGAUGAAACUGCAACUCCGGACGACAUGGCUCACACAUUCAUCAAAGGGAUUCGUAACAUAAACUACGAUUUUGAUUUCUCCGACCAUAGCGGCGAGAACAGUGCAGCCGACGAAAUCGAUGUAAAACCAACGCCAUCAGCUGCGCAAAUGAGUCGAUUCGAUCUAGAAGAGUUCGACCCUUUAAUUGCAAAAAAACGCGAAGAGACUGUACCAUCGUUACCACUGCAGCCCACGACCAGUGGAAGUAACCUGUUGGAUGAGGAUUCACCGCGAGCGCUUUUGCUAGAAUCGCCCAUCAAACCAACCGUAGCAGAGUAUCAAGGUUUUUCACUGCAGGGAUGCAAUAUCCCAACCAUAACGUGUGCCGCCGGCGAUAUGGGGGCUUCCUGUUCCAACACGAAAUCACAUCAGCCAAAGUCGUCUCUAGAGAAUGCCCUAGGUAGUGGUGGGAGCUUGAUAUAAAGUUGAACCCUGUCCUGCAGGUGAGUACAGCUUGUAUGUAGUAGUUGUUAAGUCCGUUAUGUGUACGUUUGAAGAUGUUUAAAAUAUUUAUCAACCUUUAUCAGCAAAUAUUACAACGACUAUAAUAUAUAGAUGCAAUACUUAUCAAUAAUAAA